UAGACCCAGCAAACCGCGCUGGUCCGCCUAGCAAGUAGAGGCGGAGCUUCUAGGAGCCUUCGGGUCGGGUGGGGCGGGGCGGGGGGGGGGCCUGGUCAGAGCACCUCCCCCACGACGUGGUCUGCGUGAUAAUGGGGCUUCGGCUAGAACGUGGCCUCUGCUGUCUAGGCCCCUUCUUGGCUCGGAGAGGCGGAGCUGCUUCUGCUUUCCCGAUCUGGAUUUCAAAAUUAUAAAAUUCCAGGUGGAAAGGGGUUGGUGUUGAAUGUGUUGGGGAAACGCUGGGAAUCGGGGCGCAGUAUAGGGUGAGGCAGUGUCUUGGCAACAUGAAUUACUCCGGCCAAGGCUCCCCACUGAGCCCGGAGCCUAACGGCCGGGGCGGCAGAAGCGCCUGGGAACUCGACCCCGAUGCGGUUUACAGUAGCGUUUGCUGCUACGAGCAUCUCCCCGGAGGGGACCCGACGGAUGCCGAGGUGACCUUGGCCCUGCUGGGCGGGGACCCGGGGCUACCCUUAGCACAAGGCAUGGAAGAGCAUAGCCACCAUUUGACUCUAGAUUCAGACGAGACCUACGACUUCAGUUCUGCAGAGUCAGGCUCCUCCCUGCGCUACUACAGCGAGGGUGACAGCGGCGGCGGCGGCGGCGGCGGCGGCGGAGGCAGCAGCUCUUCUUCCCUGCUGAUUCCGCCGCCCACCCAGCCGUCCUCUCUUCACUCGUCGAUCUCUGGCAGUGCAGUGGCUACGACUGCAGAUUCGGGGGAAAGAAAACGAACCCGCUCGGGCUGCCCAGCUUCCCGGCAUCGUUACGAAGUGGUGGCCGAAUUGGGGCCCGAGGAAGUCCGCUGGUUUUAUAAGGAAGAUAAGAAGACCUGGAAGCCCUUCAUUGGCUAUGACUCUCUCCGCAUUGAGCUGGCCUUCCGGACCCUGAUUCAGGUGACUGACAACCGGCCGCGGCCCCUGAGAGGAGACCCCACCCCAGCCUCGAGCUCUGAGGAAGAGGACGAAGACGAAGAGCGCCCUCGCGUCUGCUCUCGGAGUUCGAUGCGGAAUGAGCCGCAGCUUGAGGAGCUGCUCCAUAUCGAGCCGGUGUGCGUCCGAGGCGGGCUCUACGAGGUGGAUGUUGCGCAUGGAGAGUGCUACCCUGUCUACUGGAAUCAGAGUGACAAAAUACCAGUAAUGCGUGGGCAGUGGUUCAUUGAUGGCACUUGGCAACCACUAGAAGAGGAAGAAAGUAAUUUAAUUGAACAAGAGCACCUUAAGCGUUUUAAGGGUCACCAAAUGCAAGAAAAUUUUGAUAUUGAAGUGACAAGACCCAUAGAUGGAAAAGAUGGCAGCGGAAUCAGCUAUGCUGUUGUCUACCACCUCCCUCCCUUCUCCCUCCCUUUGUUCAAAUGGAGAGGAUAUAAGGAGAGUACAGAUGCUGCAUGUCUUAAACGAAAGCGUUCCCAAGCUAUUCAUAGUUUCAAAUUGAGUCGCAACCAUGUGGACUGGCAUAGUGUGGAUGAGGUAUAUCUUUACAGUGAUGCAACAACAUCUAAAAUUGCAAGAACAGUUACACAAAAGCUGGGUUUUUCUAAAGCUUCAAGUAGUGGGACCAGACUCCAUCGAGGCUAUGUAGAAGAAGCUACUUUAGAAGAUAAGCCCUCACAGACUACUCAUAUUGUAUUUGUUGUGCAUGGCAUUGGGCAGAAAAUGGACCAAGGAAGAAUAAUAAAAAAUACAGCCAUGAUGAGAGAUGCUGCAAGAAAAAUAGAAGAAAAGCACUUUUCUAAUCAUGCAACACAUGUUGAAUUUCUGCCUGUUGAGUGGAGAUCAAAACUUGCUCUUGAUGGAGACACUGUUGAUUCUAUUACUCCUGACAAGGUACGAGGCCUAAGAGAUAUGUUGAACAGCAGUGCAAUGGACAUAAUGUAUUAUACAAGUCCACUUUAUAGAGAUGAACUAGUUAAAGGUCUUCAACAAGAGCUGAAUCGAUUAUACUCACUUUUCUGUUCUCGGAAUCCAGACUUUGAAGAAAAGGGGGGUAAAGUCUCAAUAGUGUCACAUUCCUUAGGAUGUGUAAUCACUUAUGACAUAAUGACCGGCUGGAAUCCUGUUCGACUUUAUGAACAGCUGAUGCAGAAGGAAGGUGAGCUACCUGAUAAACGGUGGAUGAGCUAUGAAGAACGACAUCUCCUGGAUGAACUCUAUCUAACUAAGCAGCGGUUGAAAGAAAUAGAAGAAAGAUUGCAAGGUUUGAAGGCAUCGACUAUAACACAAACACCUGCCUUAAAAUUUAAGGUUGAGAAUUUUUUCUGCAUGGGAUCCCCACUAGCAGUUUUUUUGGCAUUGCGUGGCAUUCGUCCAGGAAACAGUGGAAGUCAAGACCACAUUUUGCCUAGAAUCAUAUGUAACCGGUUGCUAAAUAUUUUUCAUCCCACAGAUCCAGUUGCUUAUAGAUUAGAACCAUUAAUUUUGAAACACUAUAGCAACAUUUCACCUGUCCAAAUCCAUUGGUAUAAUACUACAAAUCCUCUACCUUAUGAACAUAUGAAGCCAAGUUUUCUCAAUCCUGCAAAAGAACCUACCUCAGCAUCAGAGGGUGAAAAUUUGACAGCAGUAUCAAGCCCACUGACUUCACCAGUCAUGUCUCGACGACAUUAUGGGGAAUCUAUAACAAACAUAGGCAAAGCCAGCAUAUUAGGCGCCGCUAGCAUUGGGAAAGGGCUUGGAGGAAUGUUAUUUUCAAGAUUUGGACGCUCUAGUAGUUCAUCUACAUCACAGUCAUCUGACACAGCAAAAGAAGUAAUGGAAGAAGAAAAGAAGCUUGUUAACCCACCUGUCAACACCACUAUGGUCACACAGACCUUUCCACACAGCAGUUCCGGCUUUCUUGAUUCCACAUUGGAACUGGAUCACAGGAUUGAUUUUGAACUCAGAGAAGGCCUUGUGGAAAGCCGAUACUGGUCAGCUGUAACUUCACAUACUGCAUAUUGGUCAUCUUUGGAUAUUGCCCUCUUUCUUUUAACUUUCAUGUACAAACAUGAGCAAGAUAAUGCUGCAAAGCCAAAUUUAGAUCCAAUCUGAACUUCUGAAGGAACUUUAAUGGCACAAAAUUGAUGCUUGUUAAAAUUCAAUAUGUUUAAGACAUGGAGGUUUCAGGUUUAAGUAUGUUUCAAUUUUAUUUGGGGCAAGAAAUAUUUGUAUUUUAAAAGCACCUUAUUUUUUAAAAUAUUCAGUCCUAACCUAAAUAAGUUAAUUUCAAAUUUUCAGAUAGCAUUCUAUAUGGCAACACACAAGAAUGGUUAAUGAGGAAGACUUGAAAGACCACUGUGGUAACGACUAUUAUAUUAUAUUUAAGUAUAAAGAUAAAUUAUCCAAUGGAAUCUAAUUAGUUAACUAAAUAUACACACCUAAAAGUGUACAGGCCUAUUUAUGUAUCAGCAAAAAGUAAAAGGUGGUAUUUUAAAUUAAAAUCUACAAUUUCCACAGUUACACUGAGACUAUUCUAAUUAUAUAUUUAGAUUUUGUUGAAUUUAACUUACUUAGAUAACUAAUGCUUUUAAAAAGAAACAUGUCUAACUACUGUAUAAUUUAUUAUCAUAAUGUUUGAAACAUUACUUAAAAAAAACUUCAUUGGUUAUAACUUAAGAAACACAUUUAUUUUCUACAGUGUUACUGGUUGUUUUUAUUUUUUUCCAGGACAAUGUGUUUCUUUUUACUCUUCAGAUAAAUAUAGACACUGUGGCAAAUUUCCAUUUUUUUUAAUUAAAAAUGCUUUGUAGUUUCACACAAAUAAUAUUUGAAUUCAGUUCUUUUCCCCUGCAAAAUUCUAAAAUUCUUUUAGGUAUACCUGUAGCAUGAGAGAACUUUUAAAAAAUAAUUAGAAUUAUAAUACAUUUGUAUACCAAAAAAAGUGAAUUUAUGAAAUACUGCUAAAAAAUGCUUUCCAGGAAAUAACAAAAUUUAAGACACAAACAAAAUUAUAAGGCCUUAGAAGACUUUUCCUAAGAGAUAAAUAAUUUACACAGUGCUUUUCCUCUAAUGAGCUCAAAAGCUAUUCAGUAAUCUUUACUUUGCUGAAGUAAAGAAAUAAGCAUUAUUCUCAUUUUGCAGAUUAGUAAACUGAGGCACUGAGAUUUUUUUUUAAGUGCCUUGAACUAGAAUAGGUUACAAAUUAGAAAAUAGGUUAUGGCCAGAUUUCUCUUUUCUUAUUAUUAACUAGACCAAUUCACAUUCUUAUUUAUAACCUGUUAGAGGUCUGCAAGGGAUAACAAUGUAUAUUACACAAAAAUAGCCAUGGGACCAACACUCUCUAUUCUAUUCUUAGAAAUAUAUCACAUGUGGGGAAUGAGGUAUUUAAAAGGCAUUUGCCAGAAUAGAAGCUAUCUGCCUCACCUUCCAUACCAUUCCUAUUUUAUCCAUCCCUCAAGAAUAGUAUUGAGUGUGAGGGCAUCUCUGAUAAUGCUUGUUUUUACAUAUAUACACUUAAGUGUCAAUCAUAUUUCCUGUUUUGGCCUUUCCAUGAAUUUAUAUAAAGUAAAUCAAUUAUUUGAAAGUUUAAAAAAAUAGCAAGAAUAUUACCUAGCAUAGGAUUCACUAAGAAUCCCUUACUUUAAGAUACUUGGGAGCAUCUCACUGUGUAUGGUUUGACACUUGCAUACCCUGCAUUGUAAUUAGAGGUUUUUUUUCCUAUUUGGAAUGUGAAGUAUUCUUUUCACCUAAAAAAAAAAAAGAGUAAAAUACUAUAUUGUCCAUUUGAUUUGAUGCUUUUACAAUGAAAGGAAAACAUUCAUCCAGCCUUGGAAAAAGUGAGGUUUGGUUUUUUUUUAUUUCAUAUCAAGAAAAUCACAUGAAAUUCCUCAGCUCCUUUGAUGUUUUGAAGUUCUGUACAUGAGAAAGAUCAGGUUGCUUAUUCUAUUUUAUCUUAAAAUGAGACCUUCUCACCACCAUAAACUUUUUCUUUUUUAAUUUGAGAGGAUUAUGUAUACUGAUUAAACACUACAAUUUUUAUUUUAUAAGUACUAUAUUUGUUUCUGUAGUUCUGCAUGUGUUCAUGGGAUGUACCGGUACAUACUCAAGUAACACAUAGUAUGUGUAGUUCAGACUUAGAAGGUAUCAGUGCUGGGUAACAUUUUUUGCAUCCUUAUUUGAGCAACUAUUAAGUUGACCACAAAUUUAUUUGUUAUUUAGUUACAUUUUGGUGAUUAAUUUGGUACUGUUCAUAUGAUUCCAUUUUCUUAUAAAUUAUUUACCAAAAGCCAUUAGAAAUCAUAAUGGAGAAGCAUCUUGAUUGGAAAUCUAGCUGUUAAAUAUUAUAUUUUAAAGUCCAUUUCUCUAAAAUUAAUUUCUAGAUUUUUUUCCUGUUUUUAACCUGUAAAAUACAAUCAGUAAAUUGUCAUUGUUUAAUAAUUGAA